CACCGCACCAAUUGAGGGGCAACAGCGAAUCGCGGACGCUAAACAAGUGUCACCAAGAUUUUUUUAUCAUCAUCAUCCUCCCGCCACCUCUACAUCUUCGACUCUCACCGACAUCCACACAACACCAUCUCCUCCUCUACACCUUUUCUCUACACAAUCCAACAGACACAUCCGCAAUCAUGGCCACCCCAACCAUCACCUAUGCCCUCCCCAAGACUCACCAGGAGGUUCGUCGAUCACCAAUGACCCCUCUAUGCAGAAAAGAUGCUGACCCCGCCAUGUAGAUGCUGGAGAAGUCUCUGUUGGAGACGGACCCGGAGAUUGCAGAGAUCAUGGUACGUACUGUUUCUCUUGUCGUCAUUGACAGCAAUGACGAUCUCGAUACGUAUAUGCUAACAUGGCAAUUCUCCAGAAACUCGAGAUCCAACGUCAACGCGAGUCCAUCAUCCUCAUCGCCUCCGAAAACGUCACAUCCCGAGCGGUCUUUGACGCCUUAGGAUCUCCCAUGUCCAACAAGUACUCCGAGGGUUACCCAGGAGCCCGAUACUACGGUGGAAACCAGCACAUUGACUCGAUCGAGUUGACCUGCCAGGCUCGUGCCCUCAAGGCUUUCCACGUCGACUCGGAGAAAUGGGGUGUCAAUGUCCAAUGUUUGAGCGGUAGUCCAGCAAACUUGCAGGUCUACCAGGCCAUCAUGAAGCCUCACGACCGACUCAUGGGUCUGGACCUUCCUCACGGUGGUCACUUGUCCCACGGUUACCAAACCCCUCAACGAAAGUCAGUAUUUGCCACUUCUGAGGGUCCAACAUACAAUAGUCUAAUCAUCAUCUAGGAUCUCGGCCGUCUCGACUUAUUUCGAAACCUUCCCAUACCGUGUCAACCUCGAAACGGGAAUCAUUGACUAUGAUCAAUUGGAGCAGAAUGCUUUGAUGUACCGACCCAAGGUUCUCGUGGCCGGUACCUCUGCCUACUGCCGUCUGAUCGACUAUGCUCGCAUGCGCCAAAUUGCGGACCUUGUCGGCGCCUACCUGGUAGUUGACAUGGCUCACAUCUCUGGUCUUAUUGCUGCGGGUGUCAUCCCAAGUCCUUUCGAGCACGCUGACAUCGUUACCACCACCACCCACAAAUCUCUCCGUGGUCCUCGUGGUGCCAUGAUCUUCUUCCGAAAGGGCGUCCGCAAGUUUGAUGCCAAGACCGGAAAGGAGACGCUCUAUGAUCUUGAAGGCCCAAUCAACUUUUCAGUCUUCCCAGGUCAUCAAGGUGGUCCUCACAACCACAGCAUCACCGCUCUUGCUGUUGCUCUCAAGCAGGCUACCACCUCUGACUUUAUCGAGUACCAAAAGCAGGUGGUUAAGAACGCCAAGGCUAUUGAGGUCGAAUUCAAGAAGCUCGGCUACAAGUUGGUUGCUGACGGAACUGAUUCCCACAUGGUCCUUCUUGAUCUCCGACCUCAAGCACUUGACGGUGCACGUCUGGAGACUGUUCUUGAGCAAGUCAACAUUGCCUGCAACAAGAACUCCAUCCCAGGUGACAAGUCCGCCCUCACCCCUUGCGGUAUCCGUAUUGGUACACCAGCCAUGACAUCUCGUGGUUUCGGUGAGGACCACUUCACCAAGGUCGCUGAUUACAUUGAUCAAUGUAUCAAGAUCUGCAAGGAAGUCCAAGCUGCUCUUCCCAAGAGCGACAACAAGCUUAAGGACUUCAAGGCCAAGGUCUCCAGUGGCGAGAUCGAGAAGAUCAACGAGAUGAAGAAGGAGAUUGCCACCUGGGCUGGAUCCUUCCCUCUCCCAGUUGAGGGAUGGAGACAAGAGUAGAUGAUGUUUGUAAAUGAAAAAUGACAAUUUUCUUUUUGGUGGGCGUUUGUGUUAAUAGAAAAGAAGCAUUUGGGAAAUGUCUUUUUUUUUACAUCGGCAGGCGCAGUUCUUGGCUACUUCAACGCAGCUAGAUAUCACGGAGUUCAAUGGGCAUUCAACGGCUUAUGUACCCGG